UCUAUUUAGUAACGCGUCAAUUUGGCGCGUGAGAGGUUGGUGUUGUGGUUGUUUCUAAUGUUCUUUAUAUAAAGAGCGCGCUAAUUCCGCGUGUUUGUGAUACGUGAAAAAAGUUGGAUUAUUUAUCGGAAAAAAAAAUAUUUUUAAUUUUUAUUAAAAUAAAAAUUAUUUAUUUUUAAAGUGCAACACUUUAAAAUAAAUAAAAACAAGUGUCGUGACAUAUACAGAGUGCGUUUGGGUAAUCAUUUACAGAUAGACCUAUAACUACAAAGAAGAUGACAAGUGGACUAGAGGUAGAAUAUCUGAAGAAUUAAUAAUAUGGCGUCUAGUAAAUAUUGCGGGAGAGCGAGACUUCGGAAGGAAGGCGGGUGGCGGUGGCAGGCCAGGCUGAUCGUUGCAGCAGUCACAUUUGCGUUUGCAAACUCUCAAGAUAUAUCGGCGUGCUGCAGCAAGGCGGAGGGGACAUGUCGCAGUGUAUGUGAGAAGAUGUCCCUCGUGGAGAUCACAUCUGACUCCACCAUGCGAGAGGAGAGGAUUCAACAUAUAUAUAAAUUUUGUGCACCACAGUCUAUUGAGUUUUGGAUAUGCAUGAACCACACGAUUCAAGAAAUAGUUACUGGUAUGGGAUGGUGGGGACGUGGUUGCUGUGCCAUUGGUCACUCGACGUCGUGCAGGCACGCGUGUGCAACCGCUAAGGAUGCGAGCCCCCUGCGCGCCGCCUGUCGGCAAUCCGACGAGAUCGCACUCUUUGAUUGUGUACAGAGCCAACAAGAAGCCCAGUGGUGCUGUUCUCAAGCAGACUCGCUCAGUUGCUACGAGGCCUGUCAAAAGGUGCUAUGGCGGGUGGGACAGGCGCGCGUCGAGCUCGGCGCCCGGGAGCGGGCCAUGGAGGCGUGCGAGCGCUCGCCUGCCUUACUACGCUGCCUUCAGAACAUGACCAUGUCUACCGUACAAGUUGAUACUACUAAAUAUUUACCAUGCUGUAAAGGUGUGGCCAAUACAAAAUGUCAGAAAGCAUGCGAAAAUGUACUUAGCCGUACCGGAGAUAUCAACGAAAUUACCGAAGCCUUACUCCAAAGUUGCGGGAUGCCCACUUUACACAAAGAUAUGUGGCAAUGCUUCCUAUUGAAGGACUCUCCACCUGAUACCAAAGAUCUCAUACCACAUGCUGCAAAUAAGCUAUAUUGUUGUCGAAAGGCAGCAACAAUCCAUUGUCGAAAUCUAUGUUUUAAUGCGUUCAACUUUGAUGUUGAAUGGGAGCAUUGGAAAAAGUUUGACUCAGAAUGUUUAGGGGAACCUCAGGAGGUUGAAUUAUCUGAAUGCUUGGAAGAGAGUGAUUCUCCAUGCUCUCUGGGUUGCUCCGGCCUAACGUACUGUAGCCACUUGAAUCAACACACCAGCCUCUUCAGGUUUUGUUCCAAAAUAGCUGAUUUAAGUUCUCAUUUAGAUGUAGCAAAUCUGGCUAGCGGUAUGGUGACUAUAUCUGGACAUCGUUUACACUUGAAAACUAAUGCGACACAGCUCACUACGGACGUGUGGAAAACCGUCUUUUGUGCGUUGAACGUGAAACCAUGUACGCCUAAGGGCCAGACCAGCCUGCUGUGCAUGGCGGACUGCAUGCGGCUGGUGUCGGGCAGCGUGGAGUGGCGGCGCGCGCCGGCGCGGGUGUCGGCGCGCAUGCUGUGCAGCCGCCUCGCGCCGCGCUCCGACACCGCGCCCUGCGUGCCGCUGCGCCGCUACAUGGCGCCCAGCACGGAACCCGUGCCGAUGUCACCUCUGCAAGCUAUAACGUCUACGUGCGGUACGCUGGUGUGCGGCGUUGGCGACCUUUGUGUUAUCAACAGGAAUUGUUUGCACGGAGAUCAUUGCAACCGGUACUCCUGCGUAUCAGGCUGCCUGCUAGGUGAUCGUACAAGUGCUAAGGUGCCGAUCGGUUCAUACGUACGGGUGCCGAUGCUGAAUUCAGGUAGUGCGGAUGAAGUGGGAGGUGCGGCGAGUGGGACACAGAAGGCCUGCUUCAAAGUAUGUCGCUGCACUUUAAACGGACUUGGCCACUGCCAGCCCCUGCCCUGCGUCUCGCUUGACAACUGCCGUCUACACGACAAGAUUGUUCCGCAUAGAGGGAAGUACUACAUGGAGUGCAACCAGUGCGUGUGCACGAUGGGCGAGCGCGUGUGCUCGCGGCGGGCGUGCGACGGCGCGCGGGCGGCGCGCGCGCGGCUGCCGUGCGGCUGCCCGCCGCACUACCUGCCCGUGCACGCGCCCGGCCGCACCUUCCCCAACCUCUGCCUCGCCAGAUGUGCGGGCGCAACAGAUGCGGAAAUCGAAUUUGCACCGCGGCCAGCAUGUUCAGGAGCGGAGGCUGGCACGGGCGCAGAGACCGGCCCGUGCGGCCGGCGGCACGCGUGCCUGCCAGCGCGGAAUGUCUGUCUCUCACGUUUGCAGACCUCCUGUCCACAGCACGUGUGUGUGAAUACAACGGACUGUAUCACCCAGCCAUGGUCACCAGUUUGCGAUACAGACGGCAACACUCACGAGAAACCGUGUCUACUCGUGACGCGCGGCAGCAAGUUCGCUUACUGGGGGCCAUGCCUCAAUAGAUGCUCUAAGGCUGGUACCGUAUGCGGUGUUAACGGAAUAACUUAUACGUCCGAAUGUGCUGCGUGGGUAGAGUAUGUAACAGUAGAUUAUGUUGGACCAUGCUUAGCUGUCGGCCCCAUAUCAGACUUAAUGGAGCCUAAAUGUACCAUUGAUAGGAUUGUGUGUCCUCCAUUGAAGAAUCCAAAAUGUCUUGGCUUUACAGCUCCAGGCGCUUGCUGCCCAAAAUGUGGUGGAGCACUCAGAAUUCUUUAUUCUAAGAAACAAAUAGACAGAGCUCUAUAUGGCACUAAUAUUUCUGCCUCCGCUAUUAAUCUGAAUAAAAUUCUGAGAGCUUUAGAAAGGUAUGUCACAAUAACCGAAUGUACUUUGAGAGGAUAUGUAACUAUAGAAAUGGAAAUCUUCGUUUCAGUAGAAUCACUUUUGGACAAUCCCACUGAUUUACAGUUAAGUGUAUGUGUUCUGGAAGCGGAGAAAUUAGCUGACCUUAUCAAUAGAGAGAGUCCAUUAAUAUCAACUGAUUUAGGAUUGAGUGCUCUUACUUAUGCGAUAACAUUACACACAUACUCCAAUAGUUGUGUUAAUGGUGCAACUAUCUCUUUUGUGAUGACUACAGUGUCUUAUUUUACAAUUUACAUUUUAAGAUAAAAGUUGUUUGCUCUAUUUAGUUUUAAGAUGACUGUAUAUAUAUGUAGUUACUUAUAAAUAGAUUUGUUUACCAAAUAUAAUAGUGCCAUUGUAAAAAAUAACCAAGAAAUCUUUAAUAUAGCUUUGGUCUGCUUUAAAUGUUUAUUAAACAGUUUCAAUACUGUGCAACGGUGGGUAAUGUGAGUUCAUUGUGCCAUCCAUAACUUUAAACACUGAAGUGUGUGAUACAUUGUGUUUGCGGCCUAGGUGAUUAAUUGAUGAUUGACUGAAAUAAAAUUUUUAUAAAGGCAUAAAGUAGUCCUUUUACCAAAUAUGAUAUUAAGAUAACGUUUUGAUAAUUAUAUCUUGUUGAUUGUGAAAUAAAUAUAUUUAGUUAUACAAAUAAGAUUUAAUAUUUUAAAAUAAACGAAAGUAAUUAAGUAUA